CACACCGCCAACCGACCGCGGUACGAGGCAGAAAUCUCAAAUAUAUAUCUAUGACUAAUUCUGUGCAAUUUUGAGGGGUGCUGGGCAACUCUCCAAUAAUACUAUUAGCAACCAUGGACCUCACCCGGCAGAGUCGCGUCGCGAUCUUGCAGCAUACCAUCACGAGUAUCACCAAUCAUCCCUUGCUGUCCAUUCUGGCACUUUUCACCUCCAUCUGUAUCAUCACGCGAAUCCGCUCAGGCAUCAGAUUUCGGUCCAGCAUCUCGAAACGACGACGACAACAACAAAGACCCUCGCAAAAUGGUCCUGGAGACGCAGCUGCACAACCCCCUAUCCCGCCGUACUGGAUCCCAUGGCUCGGCCACGGCGUCAACUUCGCCCUCGGUGGCACAGACUAUCUAACGCGAACGGCGCGGUCUCUGGGUGCCCACGGCUCCCUCUACACUCUGUGGAUGGCCAACUCGAAACACCACAUGGUCACCGUGCCGGGCAUCGAGCGCCAACUGAUAUCGAAAAACGCCCCCGUCACGAUGGAGCCGUUCAUCUACCACGUCAUGCAGAGUUUCUGGGACGACCGCGGCGCCACGAGAGCCACAGAGCCCAAGGCACUAUGGGGGUCGGUCCACGGUGCGCUUUCAGACAUGUUGCGCGAGGACUUCGUCUCCAGCGCGCUCAAGGACACCGUCGAGGCCCUCGAGCACGAUACGUGGAACCUGGUCUCUGGUGCGUCCAGCGAAGUCGACCAAGCGAUAUGGGAGCGCGAAGCCCACGUCGACAUCGUAUCCCAAAACUGUGACGACGGCAGCUUCGUCGCCGAAGCCGAACUCUUCCAGCUUGUGCGGUACUUCGUUGGCAACAUUGCCACCACGGUCCUCAUGGGCCGUGACUUCACGAGGAAUUAUCCAAACAUCAUGCACGACCUAUGGGAGAUGGACACGAGAUUCAACCUCUUCGUUGCCGGCACGCCGCGGUGGUUCCCGGGCAUGAUCCGCCCCGCCGCGGCGCGCGAACGUGUCAUCUCCGCCAUCGGAGAGCAUCACGACGCGCUGUUCAAGUACCUUGACGGAGAAGAUCCGGGCCCGAAUUGGAGCGACAUGUCCGACGUGGCGGCCGUGAUCGUCACGCGAGCGCUCGAGUUCCGCAAGGCUGGGGCCUCUCCUAGAGGAUGGUGCACGGGGAACGGCACGGUGAUGUGGGCGAUGAACAUCAAUUCCAACCCCGUGGUCUUCUGGUUGAUAUGGUACGUCUUCAGUGACGCGUGCCUGCUCGAGGAACUGAGGCGGGAGAUCGCGCCGUAUGUAAGGUUCAGGCACGCCGAGGAUAAUGGUCUCCCGAUCAAAGAAGCGCCGAAGCUGGAGAUCGACCUGGCCUCGCUGUGGGCGAAGUGUCCGCUGUUGAAAGGCGCCUUUUUCGAGGCGAUGCGCCUAGAGGCCGCGAGUAUGUCGUACAAACAGCUCAUGGACGACUUUGUGGUCACUGAGACGGACGAAGAUGCUAAAAUGCUGGGGAAGAGCCACCCACAGUCGUUCUUGUUGAGGAAAGGCGACUACGUGGCCGUGCCCCAUGGCGUGCAUCAGAGCGACGAGAAGUACUUUCGUGAUCCGAUGAGGUUUGAUGCCAGGAGGUUCUGGAUCAAGGAAGGCGAUGAAAAGAGCGCGAGUCCGGAUGAUCCCGGUGGUGCCAGGGUCGAUUAUGGGACGAUGAGGGUCUGGGGAGGUGGGAAGAACAUGUGUAAAGGGAAGACGUUCGCGGAGAGGGAAGUUAUUCUGUUUGCUGCGGCGAUCAUCAUGCAAUGGGAUAUGGAGCCAGUUGGGAAUGGUGGCAAGUGGGUUCAUCCUGGGAGGAAAAUGGGCGCUGGCGCCGUCAAUCCGGUCAAGCCGGUCAGAGUCAGGAUGAAGAGACGAGAGGCAUGGUGAAGUCUCUGCGAUUGUGUCUUGCCCACCGGGGUCUGUUGGGCUGGUGCCGGCUUUGCUUCACGAGGCGUACGCGCGCUGAUGAUCUUCUCCUUCUGAUAGCUGGUCAACAUCGACGAUCAAUGCUGGCUGACAACUAUUUGAGAGCCUCUGCGACGAUAUGCAGCAUAUGAACGAAAUAUAUUGCCAUCUCACUCACUUAUGACGAGGCACAACAGUCUGUUUCGAAUAUGAAUGUUGGCCAUUUCAGUCCUGUCUUGGAUGGGCAACAUACAACGUCGGAGAGAAAGACCAGGAAAUUCAAUCGGGUCAGGUCUUCAGCCUCCAGAGUGUUUCUGUACUGACAAGAUCGAACUGAGGUGAUGCGUCCUGCCUUUCCAUCUAGCAAGCAGGCGUCCAGGCAUAUUUUAGCAUGCAGAACGGACCUCGUCACAACUGAUUCCGUCCAGCAAAGGUGCGGAGGUUAUGGUGUUGGGAAACUUGUUGAUCUUAGCUUGUCUUUGCUUUGGCUAUAUAUGAGUCGG